CACCCUGUCCCUCUGCCAGUCAACGAGGCUCACUGACACUCUCUGGCCAGAUUUUGCUGCUUGAAUUUUCACACCGGGAUGAUUCAGCGUUCGUCCAGCUGUGGAGCAAUGGGUGAAACGUACAAAGUCUCUGAUACUGCAAGAAUCCAGGCUAUGGAAAAUGAGCUGGCUGGACAGUUGGCGGAACUGAAGCAAGAGAUUGAAGAAAAUGGAAUAUUACAGCGUGCGCCUACACAAUCUUUCAGCUCUGUUUGCAUACCGAAGGACAUUUCCUAUUUCAGAAAGGAACGUGAACUGCUCUUGAAGAAAGGUUUACAGGUGGCUGAAGCAAAACCACUUUUGAUUCAAGCAGACGUAAUGCAGAGAGAGUUGGAGAGCUGCCUAACACAGGAGUACACGGCUGAAAGUUUACCUCUUCUCCUCCAUCAGUUUUUCACAGAUCGGAUGCACCAGUUAGUGCAAUGCAAAUAUCUGCACAUGCUCCGAUGGAAAAGAUUUUGUCAGCACACAAACAUUAUUGAGCAGAUUUAUCCACUGUAUAAGAAACAAAUUUCUCGUAUUAUGAAGGAGUAUGAUGACGCUGUUCAGAGGGCUCGGAGGCUUUCAGCAGCCAGAGAAUGUCUUUUAACAGAAACAGGGAAUGCCAGUAAAUUUGUGACUCAGGAAGAUGUGGUCAUCUACCUUCAAUGGUUGGUGUGCCAUUUACACUCCCUGACAACUAUCCAUGGCUACUUGAGGGUGUUACAGUACCUGCCCAUGUCCCACAACGUUGAGGUGACACCUGAGAAGCUUUUUGAUGCCUUAGCAGACGAUGAAGACAAAGGCAGCACCAUCACCCUGCUUUCCUCUUUACCUGCUCCUACCCGUCCCAGCACAGCUUUCUCUAGUGUUUCUGGAUCAGCCGGAAAAACCUCCGCUCUCCUGUCAUCAGCCGGAACCCACCCCAUCUCGAUCUUCAACAAAUACUCCAGUGUCAUGGGCUUUGAAGAUGGGUUCGACUUUGAAGUUAGCCUUUGUCUUCCUGUACACAAGCUGAACAUUGAGGAGUUUAAACCUCAGCUUCAGUAUCUUCUUUCUCACUUCAGCAUUGAAUAUGACGUGGAUGAUAUCAGAGACACUGCUAAUGAGAUGGAGCUAUUCACACUGGUGAUUCGGAAAUUCAGAAGCAUUUUUAGCAAGGAAGAAACAAUGAAGACCUUUCCGAUUUAUGAUGCCUUUGAGCCUGGAACCAAACACUGGGGAAUGAAAGGCCCAAAUAUGGCCCUGAGAAAAGAAGCAAAUUGGAUUCCAUUCUUAAAGAUCAAACCGAAACAAGACCCUUGGCAGCAAAAAAUCAUGACUAAACUGAAAGAGCAGAAGAACAUGGAUGAAAUUUUGAGAUUGCAGUCGCAGUUUUUCCAGAUUUCUGACCCAAACCAAGUGAUGGAUGCACUUCGUCAGCAUGCAGUGACGACACAUGAGCCAUACACUGUGCAACCUUUGGCUGUUACUUCACAUCGCAUGGGUCAACACACAAGUUAUGUUUGGAACAGAAUCUAUGGAAAUGCCAAGCCCUAUCAAGAGCCAAGACGUAAAGAGAGUGGUUCGCCUGUCGAGAUCAAUGACUGGGAGGUGGAGGAUGUCAAUCAAAACAAAUGUACUGCCGGAGUAUUUUCUUCAAAAAAGAGCAGAGAUCAAGGCUAUAGUUACACAAGUACCAUGCAGCUGCUGGGAUUGGAUGAAGGAAACGAGGAGAAUGCAAAAGACCCUGUCAUGACACAGGGGGCUUAUUUGUCUCUCCUCUUCUUGCGCCACUUGAGGAUUCGAGAGCUUCAGCGGAUCUGUUUAGGAAUACUGAACUACUUCAGAUCCAUUGAGCGAACUCUCACCAUCAGCAUCUGUGGCUUGACCCUGAAUGGGGGCAAGUUAGUCCGUACAGCAGCAGACACGUGCUGGAUCAGUGCAGAGAAAGGUGGCUUGGGUGUUGCUGAUGGCGUGGGCUCACAUUACUAUUUACAUAAAACGCCAGCAGAUUACAAGAAGUAUCUCACUGAAUUUAUGGAGUUCUCAGAGAUUGAGAACCAUGAUGAUUUCUACACGACUGAGGACGGUUUCAUUCACACCCAGGACCAGCGAGGGAUUUAUAUAAUUUAUGAUGUGGCAAUAAAGGAUCUAACAGAGUUAGAAAAACAGAUGUUGCUUCUUGCAACCCAAUAUAUUGAGAAAGAAAGAGGCCAUUUGGUUUCUUCCCCUGCCAGAGGAUCACAGUGUGGGGAGAUCGAUCUUCCAGCCUGGGCCCACCUCUCAAUAGACCGAUUUGCUGUUUUGCUUGAUCUGUGGAGGUGUGAAAUGGCUUUUCUGGAGAACAAACGACAGCUCCUGGACAGUUACUUUGAAGCCUAUCAGCAUGUUUUCGAUGUGGAGGAGCGAUUUGCAUUGGGCCAAGUUAUUACAGACAUCAUGCACAAACGCCCAAGGUUUAAUUUGAGCAGUGAGUACUUUGUGAAGACCUAUCAGGCUGAAUGUGCAUGUCUGAAACUUCACUUACAACUUAUAAGAGAUAUUUUGAACAAACAGAUAGAUGACCAGCGGGAAUACGUACAGAGGAUUUGGAGGGAUGACAGAGGGGCGGAGAUGGGUAUGGAAUUUGGCCUGCCCCUUAAUAUCAUUACUAAGCAACCAAUUGCUAUUAACAACAGUUGUCCUGCCUUGAAAAAGAUCUACUUGUUGGAGUUCCAUCCAUCAUUGGGACUGGCCUCACGUGUUCUGAAGACACUAGAACAUGCCUACUGGGAACUGCAUCACAUUCACAGACCAAAGUCGGCUGACGAGAGCAUCAGCCUAGAGAAACAAGUCCUCAAUCUGGCGCUAGAAAAGUGGGCAGCCCUGGAAAAGCCCGAGUCAUCCUACAGCCUCCAGGUUCAGAAGGACUUGUUUUCAGGUGUGUUCAUCGAAGAUCCGCUGUUUGUCAGAGACAUUGGGUUUUCCUUUAUGGAAGAUUCAGAAGAAGUUGAAAAUAGACCAGGAGCAGAAAAACAAGCUUUUAUGCUGCAUAGUUUCUCCAGGCUUCUGGAGAUUAUUACAUUGCGCCAUCGAUUGAUAGAGGCCGCAUCCGAAACUGCCCUGUUAGCUCGAUUAUACAAGUCUGCGGCAGCACAAAUGGGUUUCGAUGAAUUCCAUCUCUACCUGCGGCCUGUACAAUUUGAAUUUGCGGCUUAUAAGGAGAAAGCUGAUCAGCCCCCUCCAGUGUUCAUCACGACUCUGCUGGAAGACAACAGUAACGUUGACAGAUAUGUUUCCUCAAGUUUACCAUUGGCGAUCAAGGAAGUUGAUGAAAACCACAUAGGAAAGUUCAGUUUUCGUACCAAGGAAGCGGUUCUUCAGUUGAUGGCGAGGCAUGGAGUGGAUAACAUGCAGGUAGCCUUGGCUUGUCAAACAGUGCAGAAAAAUUCCCUGAUGGCAGCAGUGCAACAGGCUCUGUUCUGUCCCAAAGAGAAAGCUGCUCAUUCCAUGGAUUCGAAGGAUGCAAUGUCAAGUUACAGAAGUCAGGACAAUUUAAUCGGGACAAGCCAUUGUGGUACUGCUAGAGAAUCAGAAAGCCAACAGAUUGCCUUGUCACUGGGAAUUUCCCGCUCCCCUGGAGGUCGGAAGCAACUGCCUUCUACCAGGAAAAGGCCUCCAGAGGCAUUUGUUUCAAUCCAACUGGAGAAACUAGGCCCCCGUGACAUGAUGCUGAAUCAGUUCAUUAGGAAGAAGAGCACCGCGGGGCCAAUCAUGAAAAACCCUGAGGAAGUGGAGAAAAUCAAAAGACAGCUAAUUGUUGCCUACUGCCGCAAGUAUACUUACCUCCUUUAA